GGACGGAAGUGGCGGCGGAACGGCCACGUGAGGGUGGCGGAGCCAUGGCCCGGGGACCGGGACCGGGACGGGCACAGGGACAGAAACCAGCCAGGGGACCGCGACAGCGCCAGAGACCGGGAUCGGGACCGGGACAGGGACAGAGACCGGGAUCGGGACCGGGACAGAAACAGGGACAGAGACCGGGAUCGGGACAGAAAGCGGGACCGGGACAGAAACAGGGACCGGGACAGGGACAGAAAACGGGACCGGGGCAGAGACCGGGACAGAAAGCGGGACCGGGACAGAAAGCGGGACCGAGAUCGGAACAUGGAGCGGCCGUCCCGCUGCGCAGCCGGAAAGAGAAGAAGGACAACAUGAAGCCCAAACACCCCGAYGAGCAGGAGAUCCCGUUCCGCCUGCGGGAGCUCAUGCGGAGCCGUGAGGCCAUGAAGCGCCCGGACCCCGGCAAGAAGCAGCGGGUGGCAGAGAAGAAGCAGCAGCAGAAGCCCAAAGGCCCCAAGGCCCCGGGGGACAUUGCUGUACCCAAAUUCCGGAGGGGGAAGGGGGAGUCGGAGCGUUCCUACAUCUGCCGCAUGGAGCACGAGGUGCAGCGCGUCCUCUUCCACACGGAGAACCAGCUCCAGCGGGAGCCUGAGAAGGAGGCUCCAGAGAAGUCCAAGAGGAAAAAAGAGUUUCAGAAGAAGAARCUGGAAAAAGCUCGGAAGAAGAARGAGGAGAAGAAGGAGGACAUGCUGGAGAAGAGCCUGUUCCAAGACACGGUGCCCUUUGGAGAAGUGGUGACACAGCCACCCACCAUCACCUCACGGCCCAGGGGACAGGGUCCCGCCAAGCAGGCUGGACGGAAGCAGCUCCUCCUGACGCCUCGCCUGGGCCGGAGCCGGGCGUCCCUCGCGUCCCCRUUGUCCCCAGUGUCCCCGGUGAUGUCGAUGGCUCGCCGGCGCAUCCUGGAGGAGGAGCGGGUGCGUGUCAUCCAGGCCUACAGGGACAUCCAGAGGCGCAAACAGCUGGAGCGGGAGCACGCCAGGGCCGGGCACGGGGACUCACACUGAGGACCCUGGGACUCGAGAGGGACAUUUUCCUGAUGUUCUUGUGUCACCGCUGAGCCCUGGGGCGUCCCACAGCCCCUGGUCAGGCUGGAGUGGUGUCUCUGCGGUGCCACGGACCUGCUUGGAUAAAAAGUGCCAGUGGGAGCUGGCGGUGUGAGUGUGACUGUGCUC